UGCAACACGCGUGCCUGGAGAGGGCGCCAGCGGCAGGGCCAGCUGCGUCCUGAGCUCCUUUCCAGCUGCCAUCGGCUCCGCGUCCCCGCUGCGCGCAGUUCGAAAGUCGGCCACCAUGGAGGCGCAGGCACAAGGUUUGCUGGAGACUGAUCCAUUACAAGGAAGAGAUGAAGGCACAGUAGCCAGUGCUGACUUCUCUAGCAUGCUCUCUGAGGAGGAAAAGGAGGAGUUAAAGGCAGAAUUAGUCCAGCUAGAAGACGAAAUCACCACACUACGACAAGUUUUGUCUGCGAAAGAAAGGCAUCUGGUGGAGAUCAAACAAAAACUCGGCAUGAACCUGAUGAAUGAGUUGAAACAGAACUUCAGCAAAAGCUGGCAUGACAUGCAGACGACCACGGCCUACAAGAAAACACACGAAACCCUGAGUCACGCAGGGCAGAAGGCCACUGCAGCUUUCAGCAACGUAGGGACGGCCAUCAGCAAGAAAUUCGGAGACAUGAGGUACUCCAUUCGCCAUUCCAUAAGUAUGCCUGCUAUGAGGAAUUCUCCUACUUUCAAAUCAUUUGAGGAGAGGGUUGAGACAACUGUCACAAGCCUUAAGACGAAAGUAGGCGGGAUGAACCACAGCGGAGGCAGUUUUGAGGAGGUCCUCAGCUCCACGGCCCAUGCCAGUGCCCAGAGCUCAGCGGGGGGGCCCCUGCGGGCCGAGGAGGAGGAGCUGCAGUGCUAGGUGCAGCCAGCCGGAGCAGCCUGCAGCCACAUCCAGAAGCCCCCACACCGCCCAGCCCAGCUCUGCCUGUGCAGACCCAGAAAUGAAGACCAAAACCCCACUGGGAAGAGCUGGGGUCUUCACACUAUUAUUCAAAUGGCCUCUCCAGAAAGUUUAAUAAAAUGAUUUCCAUUUGUGUGUGUAUUGAUGAUGAACCCACUUGACCAGCACGCUUGAGUAUUCAUAGAUUGUCAACAUGUCUCAACAUGCAUAGGCACACAAUUGGUCAAAAUUCUUGUCUGUGUAAUUCAAUGUGUUUUUCCCAAACAUGUAGCUCCUAGAUAUUUGCUUUGAGUUGUGCGUGGCCACCUUUGAGCAUGGCCCUGAUGGCUGAGGGAACAGUCCCUUUCUGUUCCUUUUCAUGACUGUCUCCGGCAGCAGUAGGACUUCCUGCAAAUUUCAUCCACUGCUUGUGACCUUCCUCACCUACAUCAACUAUGUGU